UUUGCACUGACAGCUUGAUCCCAGUUUGCCCUUUCAGCAACUGUGCGUAUGAACUUCCUCAAAGUGGUGACUGGUUGCUCUGCAUGAGCUGAACUUAGGAGUACAAGUGAAUCUAGAACUGAAAGUCAUUCUCCAGAAUGACCAACUGCAGAACACGAGAAAGGAGCUGCUCCUGACCUCAUGGGGUGACAGCAGCAGAUACAGCUUUCUUCCACAAUUACAGCAGAUUUCUUGGUUUUGCAGAUAGGCUGAUAUCCAGAUCACCAUGAAUAGUGAAUUUGAAAAAGAUCACAUCAAAAGGCUGCAGGAGCAGCGUAUGUUUAUGCAAAAGAAAACCUUCACCAACUGGAUGAAUAAUAUCUUCUUCAGGAAUAAUGUAAGGGCUGAAAUAGAAAAUAUUUACACAGACCUGAAGGAUGGCAUCUAUCUCAUGCAACUCCUGGAGCUGCUCUCUGGAGAAUCUUUGCCAAGACCGAACCGGGGAAAGAUGAGAGUGCAUUUUCUAGAAAACAACAGCAAAGCCAUUACAUUUCUGAAAUCCAAGGUACAAGUGAAAGUGAUUGGUCCUGAGAAUAUCGUAGACGGUGACAGAACCUUGAUCCUGGGACUCAUCUGGAUCAUUAUACUUCGAUUUCAAAUUUCAUCAAUCAAACUUGAUAAGGAAGAAUUUGGAGGCAAAGCUGAUCAGCUAUUUGCCAAUGAAGCCCUACUACUUUGGUGUCAGCAUAAAACUGCCAGCUAUCCCAACGUAAAUGUGAAGGACUUCUCUAAAAGCUGGAGUGAUGGACUGGCUUUCAAUGCACUUAUACAUGCCCACAGGCCUGAUCUUAUUAAUUAUAGCUCACUGCGGCAGGACCAGCCCAUCAAAAACCUGAACAAUGCGUUUAAUGUUGCUGAGAAAGAGCUAGGAAUCAGCAAGCUGCUUGAUGCUGAGGAUGUGGCGGUACCCUCCCCAGAUGAGAGAUCCAUCAUGACUUACGUGUCACUCUACUACCACUACUUCUCCAGAAUGAAACAAGGCCAGACAAAUCAAAAGCGACUUGCCAAAAUUGUGUUCCUCCUGAAGGAGAUAGAUGACUUGAAGCUUCUGUAUGAGCAGAUGGUCUCUGACCUCCUGAAGUGGAUUAAGCAGAAGGUGAUUGAGCUGGAUGACCGUAUCUUCCCCAACUCUCUUCAGGAAAUGUGGCUGCUCAUGGCCAAUUUCAAGACUUUCCGCACUGUGGAGAAACCCCCUAAAUAUCAAGAUAAGGGAAUGAUUGAAGCUCAUCUCUUCAACAUCAGGACCAAGCAGAGAGCCAACAACCUACGACUAUAUGUGCCUCCAGAGGGGAGGACACUGCAGGAUGUGGAAAAACACUGGAUUAUCCUGGAAAAGGCAGAACACAACCGGGGAAAAGCACUGCAGAAGGAGAUGCUGAGGCUAGAGAAGCUGGAACAGCUAGCAAAGAGGUUCCUGAAGAAGGCGGCUCUGCGUGAGGCUUACUUGGAAGACAUGAGGAAAGUGAUUGGAAAGCAAGACUUCUGGCCAGAGAGCAUAGAUAGAAUGGAAGCUGCCAGUAAGAAGCUGGAAGCCAUUGUGGCAGAUGUACUCCCCAGGAGGGAACGUUUCGCAGCUUUGGCCGAAAUGGCAACAGUCAUCAGCCAGAAUAACUAUCACAGCAAAGAUCAAAUUGUGAAGAAGGAAAACAGCAUUUCAAAGCAGUGGCAAGAUCUUCUGGAUCAGCUGCAGAAACGACAACACUCCCUGAGUACAAUGCAGGAGAUUCUAGCCCUUCUGAGGGACAUUGAUGCCAUUAUGGAGGAGCUGAAAGAGCUACAGGCACUGGUGAAUUCCCAGGACUGUGGGAAGCAGCUCCUAGAAGUAGUAGAUUUGCUUCAAAAGCACAACUUGAUUGACUUGCAGAUCUCUUCCUAUGAUGAUAGACUGACACACAUAACUCAAAGGACAGCAGAAAUCAGCAAGGACAGCACAGUUAAAGCAGAAGUGCUUUAUGCAAAAGUUCCAAUGCUUCGUCAGCUAUAUCAGAACCUUAUAGCUCAGAGCAGAACACGAAAAUCCCAGCUAGAAGAGGCUUUAAAGCUCUUUGAAUUCUUCCGUGACUGCAAAGAAGAAGAAUCAUGGAUCUCUGAGAAAUGGAAAAUAGCAAGAACAACAACAUUAGGGAAAGAUGUCAGCCAGAUUACAGCUUCCAUUCAGAAGCACAAGGCUCUCGAAGCAGAAUGCAACUCGCAUAGGGCCAUUUGCGCAGAUGUUAUGAGGAGGGGGUGGGAUCUGAGCCAGAAGAACCCUACACAUGAGGAGGACAUCCAGAAACAGAGAGACAAACUCCAAACGUUGUGGCAGCGGCUCCAGGAUGAGGUGGCAAAUCGCAAAAACCGCCUGCAGGCAGCAGCUCUCAUCAAACAGGUAAGCAGGUCUUGCUGUGACACAUGGAAGGGGAGACACAGAUGUGGUUCAUUUCUGUCUCCUAUCUCUGCAUACAGAGCAACAGCAAAAUGA